AGGAGUACGAGGAGCUGCCUUUCGGGCUCGUGCCCGUGUUUCGUGGCCGGUUGAUCAGUCAGUCCGGAUGAAAAAUCCGGCUGCACAUUCAGUUCGCUUUCUGUGCCCGCGCGAGUCGCAUCGUUGGUGGGCGUGUUCCUUCACUUUUUGUCGGUCGUCUCCGUCUGGUUAGCGAAUUGCGUAUUCUAACUUAUAAGCCCAUUAAAAACACUCAGUCCAUACAAUUUAGAGAGUGGUCAUAAGCAGCGAAAACACAAUCAGUAAACAAUAAACAAUUAAUGAAUUGCGACUUUAAUCACGUGUCCAACAGUGCGUAUACGCAAUACGGAAAGUGAGUGAUUGCAAGUGAAAUUGUCGGCCAUUGUUUCAGGUCAUUACAUCUGGCAUUGGCAUUGACAUUGGCAGUCUCGACGACUUGCAAUCCCCUCGAGGGUAGCACCAGUCCAAUCCCAGUGCCUCGCUGCACCAGGUUGGCUGCCAGCAGUCGAGUUUGAAGAGCCGGGAUUUUCGCCCAGAAUGCUGAACAAAGUUUUAACUUAAGAGUUUGCUCUUCUCCCAUUGACGCGCUUGAAUGGAGCUCCACAAUAGCCAUCGGUUGCCUGGUGGCAGCGAGAAGAUGUACUACAUAGCUCCCCAGCAGGCGCUGCUGCGGAACGAGAAUGAUGACUACCAGGAGGGGUCCCUCGUACUGCCGGACCCCGCAUCACUACUUUACAAUACCACCGCACUGCCAGCGGGCGAUGAAGGGUCCAGCUAUGGAUAUGGCUCCACCACGACGCUCAGUGGCCUCCAGUUGGAGACCUAUAAUAUCACUGUGCUGAUGAACUUUAGCUGUGACGACUAUGACCUUCUAUCGGAGGACCUGUGGUCCAGUGACUACUUUAAGGGCAUCGUCUACAUGCUCUACAUUCCCAUCUUUAUCUUCGCCCUGAUCGGCAACGGAACAGUCUGCUAUAUAGUCAUUUCCACACCUCGCAUGCGCACGGUCACCAAUUACUUUAUAGCCAGCUUGGCCAUCGGCGACGUCCUGAUGUCCUUCUUCUGCGUUCCGUCGUCCUUCAUCUCGCUGUUCAUCCUGAACUACUGGCCGUUUGGCCUGGCGCUCUGCCACUUUGUGAACUACUCGCAGGCGGUCUCAGUUCUGGUCAGCGCCUAUACUUUGGUGGCCAUCAGCAUCGACCGCUACAUAGCCAUCAUGUGGCCACUAAAGCCACGCAUCACAAAACGCUAUGCCACCUACAUCAUCGGGGGCGUUUGGUUUAUUGCACUUGCCACCGCACUUCCCAUACCCAUCGUCUCUGGACUCGACAUCCCCAUGACGCCGUGGCACGAGAAAUGCGAGAAAUACGUUUGUCGCGAGAUGUGGCCGUCGCGGACGCAGGAGUACUACUACACCCUGUCCCUGUUCGCGCUGCAGUUCGUCGUGCCGCUGGGCGUGCUCAUCUUCACCUACACCCGGAUCGCCAUCCGCGUCUGGGCGAAACGACCGCCAGGCGAGGCGGAAACCAACCGCGACCAGCGGAUGGCACGCUCCAAACGGAAGAUGGUCAAGAUGAUGCUGACGGUUGUGGUUGUGUUUACCAGCUGCUGGCUGCCCUUUAAUAUUUUGCAGCUAUUGCUGAACGACGAGGAGUUCGUCCACUGGGAUGCUCUGCCGUAUGUGUGGUUUGCGUUCCACUGGCUGGCCAUGUCGCACUGCUGCUACAACCCAAUCAUCUACUGCUACAUGAACGCCCGUUUCAGGAGCGGAUUCGUCCAGCUGAUGCACCGUAUGCCGGGCCUGCGUCGCUGCUGCUGCCUGAAUCGUUUUCUGCGGAGCGGCGCCGAUCGCAUGAACGCAACUUCCGGUGAGAUGACCACGAAGUACCAUCGCCAAGUCGGCGAUGCCCUACUCCGGAAACCCAAAAUAAGCAUUAGGAACGGGUCCAGCACUUCCCCUCAAUCGAAUGAACACAUCCACCACGUACAUCAGCGCUCGUCGAAAGCCACGAGCGAGAUCUUUGCGAGCGAACCCAUUAUCGUGCGUCGAGACGUCACCACUGCGGUAGCUGCCAUAUCAAAAAAUAAAACUGAUUCACCGGUGCGGCGAUCGGGGAGCUCAGGUGGAACAGAAGCAAACAGAAGCACCGAGUUUUAAGUGCGAAUCAAC